AUGUCAUCCAUGUUAAUUAAAAGAGAAGAAAUGUCACCCGUGUUAAUCAAAAGAGAAGAAACGUCACCCGUGUCAAUCAAAAUAGAAAAAACGUCACCAGUGUUAAUCAAAAGAGAAGAAAUGUCACCCGUGUUAAUCAAGAGAGAAGAAACGUCACCCAUGUUAAUCAAAAGAGAAGAAACGUCACCAGUCUUAAUCAAAAGAGAAGAAACACCACUAUCAAUGUUAAUUAAAAGAGAAGAAAUCUCACUGCCAAUGUUAACUAGUGAUGAAAUUCCACAUGAUGAAACUACGAAAGAAGAAAGUUAUCCAAUAAUUUUAAUUAGUAAUAAUAAUUUGUUUCAAGGAAAUGUAAAUGAUUCUGAAACUGAAGAAUUUAUUAGUGAAGAACUUGGUGAAGAAUUUAUUGAUGAAGAGUUAAUUGAUGAAGAAUCUAUUGAUGAAAUACUUCUAAUGGCACCCUCUAUUCCUAACCAAUUAUUGAAAAAGAGUAUUUCAGAAUCUAGAAAUAGUUCUAUCGUACCUAAUAAUAUAAGUGAGGUCAAGUGUCUUUUCCUUCGUGUUCGAUUUCCUAUUCCUGCAGUAAUGGAAAGACUUGUAAAAGCAAUUUUCAAUUUUGAUACACGUUCACAAAUUCAUCUUGACAUGAUAAAAAAGACUAGAUCUAAAUUUUGUAAGGCUAGAUGUAGUUAUAAUAGUAUGGUGGACGCAGAAGGAAUUGUUAUUGGCCAUGACGUAAGUAGACAAGAAGUUACAAGAUAUAUUGUUACUGAAUCAGUUGCAUGCAAACUUUUAAGUCGGUACACGACUUCUACAGAUUAUAAAGAAUUGAAAAGGAAUGGCUCAUUAAAAAUGGCAAUAACCCUUGUUCAGGAAACGGUUUUACUCUAUUGGAAUGGAAAAAACCCUAGAGCUUUAUUUACUUUAGAACAUAUCACUAGUAAUAUCAUAGUACCAUCUAAAAGUGGAAGGAAUAUAGCAAGUUCUCUAAUACUUGAUUGA